AUGUUAAAUAUAUUUCGUUACGUCAAAUUGUUAAAGAAAACUUCGUUGAUUAGUUGUCGUUAUUUUUCAAUAAAUAAAUCAGAUUUAGUUGAAUCGAGUCGAAAUAUUCAAGAUCUGUUAAAAACUACGGAAGAUGAUUCGUCAUUUUCGAAAGGGCUCUAUUCAUCAUUGAAUACAAUUCAUUCGGAAUAUUCAUCGAUUAACCUUGCAACAUCAUCAAAAAACAUCUAUGAGAAAACUUCAUCGAAAUUCAAUUCUCAAUUUCUUCAAUUCGAAAACGAUCGAAAAAGUCUUACUGGGAAUUUCGAUGGGAAUCCCACAAAACAACUAUUCAUUCUUCUUCGAUAUCUUCGAUAUGUACAAAUAGCAUUUAUUUAUCGAUUUAUCACUUUCGAUAUUAAUCUCGCAUUGAAAGAAACAUCAAAUUCGAUUCUCGAUCUCACUAAAAAUCAAGAAAAUCUAAAUGACAAUUCAUUGCCAUUGACUUGUGAAUUGACAUUCUUUGUUCAAUAUCUAUCUUCUCAUUUUCCAUUAUCGCAUGUGAAAUCAUUACUAUCAUCAACAUUAAUCGUGAGUUAUUUAUCGAACUAUCUAUUUGCAAUCUUAGUUGACAAAUCGCCAUUGUUGUUAGUCAAUCAACUUUGUUUCGCUCUUCAUUCAAUUGUGAAAAUUCCAUCAGAUUCGACAAUCGAUCAAUGGCCUUGCGCACUUUUGAAAUAUCUUUAUAAUGAAAGGUCUUGUUCAUUACCGAUAAUCGAAUAUUUAACAUUAAUUCAACACAAUGAAAAUCAGCCAAGUUCAUCCGAGAUGUUUUCCCUGUUAAAUAGUUAUCUCAUUGAAAUUGGUAUUCAUCAAGAUAAUCUAGACAAGAUCUGUCAACUACUCAUUUUGAUAUCUUCAUGUCAUUAUUCUCAUGAAUUAUUUCAACGAGGAGUUAUUGAAAAAAUUCGAGUUCAUCUAAAAAAAUCCAAAGAAAAGAAUCAUCUGUCUGAUAUCAAAUUAUGUUCUCGUUUAAUCUAUUAUUUAUGCUUAACCGAUCCAACCAAUCGAUUUGAUACACGAGCAACAAUCGUAGAAUUAAGCCGAAAAUUACACAAGAAUAUUGCAAAUGAAAUGACAUUUCCUCAAUGGAUCGUUCAAGCACAACAUGGUAUGAUGCUCGUCAAUAUUUAUAACUAUCAACUUCUAUUUUCCACUGUUCAACAUAAAUUCUUUCCGCUUCUGUUUCGUGAUAUGGGCGUGUACACAAAAUCUAUUCAACGACAGUUAUCUGAUAUUCAUCAUGCUUUGUCUCUCGAUCGUCCAGCACUCAAAACACGUUUACUUAACAAUCAAAUGCUUGCGUACACAAAUGAAAUUACCGAUCAAUAUCGUUCAUCGAUUCGUGCUGAUCAACAAACUUAUCAACGAUUUUUACUCGACCUAAAACAAGAGAUCGAUAAUCUAUACGGAAAGAAUUCAUGUCAAGUUAUCGACACUUAUCAACGUUAUCCAUUGUUACUUUUUGAUUUUUUAGAAGUAAAACUUCCAAAUACGAAGGAAUUGAACGCUCUUGGUAUUGAUGUUAAACAACGAAUUGCUGUUCUUCCUAUAAUGAAUUCCAUGUUGAUAAGACAACAACGAUCGAAUGGAUCUUCUACACGUGUUUACAGUGCGCAUACAACGAUGAGAUAUCGUUUGAUUGGAAACGAUAAUUAUACAGUUUUACCGAUUUUUCAAGGUGAAUUUCUUCGAGCGGUUCGUGAUGAUAAAUGGAAGAUCGAUCAACUCGAAGGUGGAUAUUGUCUCGAUGAAACUUAUCGACUUAUUACAUCGGAUCAAAUGACAUACGUUGUGAAAUAUAUUCAAUACGAUCAUAGUUUGCAAUAUCUUCAGUCGAUUUUGAAAUUUCAGAAUGUUUUACAUGAUGUUCAUCAAUAUCCAUGUGCUAAACUUCUUCCUUCGAAAGACAAUGCGUUGAUUAUCGACGAUAAUGACCGUUUACUUUUUGUUCAAAGAUUUAUCGAAGGAACCGAACCGUCACGGGAAAUUCUCGAUAGAAAUGAUGAUUAUUUGCAAACAAUGGGUCGCUUAUUAGCACGAUGGAGAUGUGCUUCGCGAGAGUACGUGUCAGAAAUGCAUAUGCAGGAAGAAUAUGAAGAAUUUACUAAUGAGUGGUGGGAGCGACAAGACGUGAAGAAUAUCGAUUCAUUUCUUAUAUCAAAUUUUUUUGAAUGUAAACAAUUCUUAAUUCAUCGCACCGAUCGUUUUGAACGUGGUCUGAUUCAUAAUGAUUUCCAUACGAACAAUUCUAUUUUAACGGAUAAUUCAAAGAUUUAUAUCAUUGAUUUAGUAGAUGCUUUAGACAAACAGAAUGGAAAACAUCGCGCAAAAGCAUUCCUUUGUGGAUAUCAACAAUUAGUAACAUUGUCUACAGAUGAAAUCGAUACACUUGAUUAUUUUGUUCGAUUGAAAUUGACUUUAUGUAUUAUUGAAGAUGUACAUGAAAGUACCGAUAUGGAGAAUUCUUGGAUUCAAUCUUGUUUUGAUCUAUUACAUCGACUGAACAAUGAUUCAACGCUAGUUAAAACUUUAUUGUCAUAA